UAUAUAUAUUAGUAUGAGGCUUAAAAUUGCAUGGUAAAGAUCACUACAACCUUAGCAACUUUGCAAAGGCAAAAAUUAAAUCCAUACAAACUCAAGCAACCACCACCACAUUCAUGAAUUCUCAACAAGAAAACGACCACCGCCACCCCAACCACCUUCCACCGGUCCAAGUCAAGCCUCCGCCCACCUCCCCAGCCUUCUCAAUUACCUUCUCCACCCCAACAUCCGUCAGCCCUUUGACCCCAACCCACCGCCGUAUCGCCAUUGCCGUAGACCUCAGCGAUGAAAGCGCUUUCGCCGUGAAAUGGGCAAUCGAAAACUACCUCCGCCCGGGCGACGCAGUCAUCCUCCUCCACGUCCGCCCGACCUCCAUCCUCUACGGAGCUGACUGGGGGUCCAACACCCCCACCUCCACCGUUACACCUCCAUCCUCUCCUUUCCAAGCCCACGCCACCUCUCACGACCAAAAACUCGAAGAAGAUUUCGAUAACUUGACGAACUCGAAGGCCACAGGCUUAUCACAACCAUUAGUAGAAGCCCAGGUGCCAUUCAAGAUUCAUAUAGUGAAGGAUCAUGAUUUGAAGGAGCGGCUGUGUUUGGAGGUGGAAAGGUUGGGGUUGAGCGCGGUGAUCAUGGGGAGCAGAGGCUUUGGGGCGUCGAGGAAGAAUAGUAAAGGCAGGCUUGGGAGUGUGAGUGAUUAUUGUGUGCACCAUUGUGUGUGCCCGGUGGUGGUGGUGAGAUAUCCUGGGGACAACAAUGAAGGCAGAAAUGGCGGUGUUGAGGUUGUGAAGAAGACGGCUGCCGUGAUUAAUGAGGCGGAGCUCCACCCUCUUCCAGAGGAGGAGAAUGAAACGAACGAAGAAGUGAUAUCUGCAGAAAAAAGAGAUUCUGAAGGAAUGAAGCCGGGAAUGUAAUCUGCCUCUUUUUCCGUAGGAUCAGUUCAGUUGUAUUCAUAAUGAUGCAAAAUUGGUGUGUUGUCAUUUUCACCACUAGAUUAGGAGCUUCCUCGUUUGAAAAGCCAGACAUGACUGCUAGUUUCCUGUACCCUUUCAAGUGUGUUUAUUCCCCGAGUUUCAUUCUGCACC